GAGAAGCAGAGUUUCCGAAUCGGAACUGAGCGGCGGCUUUUCCUGUUCCCUGUUUAACGCCGCGCCUCAGCUUCACCGUUUGGAAUUUUGGUGGGCCAGACCCCGGAUAUGGUAGUCACACGGUGAUUUCUUUCCAAUUUUGACCUAAACCUACCGCUGCAAAGAAACUUUUGGAUAUCGCACCCACCCCCACCAGCCCAAAACAUUCUUUGUAGUCUUCCGUUUCCGGUUGGCUUGUUGCCGUGGUAACUGGGACGCACACCCGCCCUGGCGGUUAUGGCGGGGCUGGGCGGCGCGCAGAUCCCCGAUGGGGAGUACACGGCCGUCGUGUACCGGCUCAUCCGGGAUGCCCGCUACGCAGAGGCGGUGCAGCUGCUGGGCGGAGAGCUCCAGCGGAGCCCGAGGAGCCGCGCCGGCCUGUCGCUGCUGGGCUACUGCUACUACCGUCUGCAGGAGUUCGCGCUGGCGGCCGAGUGCUACGAGCAGCUGGGCCAGCUGCACCCCGAGCUGGAGCAGUACCGCCUGUACCAGGCCCAGGCGCUCUACAAAGCCGGCCUUUAUCCGGAGGCCACCCGGGUCGCCUUCCUCCUCCUGGACAACCCUGCCUAUCACAACCGAGUGCUUCGACUCCAAGCCGCUAUCAAGUACAGUGAGGGUGAUCUGCCCGGGGCCAGAAGCCUGGUGGAGCAGCUGCUGAGUGGGGAAGGGACAGAAGGCAGUGGGGGCGAGAACGAGCCUGAUGGCCAGGUCAACCUGGGCUGUUUACUCUACAAGGAGGGACAGUAUGAAGCCGCGUCUUCCAAGUUCUCUGCGGCUCUGCAGUCCUCAGGCUACCGGCCUGACCUCUCCUACAACCUGGCGUUGGCCUAUUACAGCAGCCGCCACUAUGCCCCAGCCCUGAAGCAUAUCGCCGACAUUAUUGAGCGUGGUAUCCGCCAGCACCCAGAGCUAGGUGUGGGCAUGACCACUGAAGGCAUUGAUGUUCGCAGUGUGGGCAACACCUUAGUCCUUCACCAGACUGCUCUGGUGGAAGCCUUCAACCUCAAGGCGGCCAUUGAAUACCAACUGAGAAACUAUGAGGCUGCACAGGAAGCUCUCACUGACAUGCCACCUAGGGCAGAGGAAGAGUUAGAUCCUGUGACCCUGCACAACCAGGCGCUAAUGAACAUGGAUGCCAGGCCUACAGAAGGUUUUGAAAAGCUACAGUUUUUGCUCCAACAGAACCCUUUUCCCCCAGAGACCUUUGGCAACCUGCUGCUGCUCUACUGUAAGUAUGAGUAUUUUGAUCUGGCAGCAGAUGUCCUGGCAGAAAAUGCCCACUUGACUUAUAAGUUCCUCACACCCUAUCUCUAUGACUUCUUGGAUGCCAUGAUCACAUGUCAGACAGCUCCUGAAGAGGCUUUCAUUAAGCUUGAUGGGCUCGCGGGGAUCCUGACUGAACAACUCAGAAAAAUCACCAUACAAGUACAGGAAGCAAGACACAAUAGAGAUGAUGAAGCUGUCAAAAAAGCAGUGAAUGAAUAUGAUGACACCCUUGAGAAGUAUAUCCCCGUGUUGAUGGCCCAGGCAAAAAUCUACUGGAACCUUGAAAAUUACCCGAUGGUAGAAAAGAUCUUCCGCAAAUCUGUGGAGUUCUGUAAUGACCACGAUAUUUGGAAGCUGAAUGUGGCUCAUGUUCUGUUCAUGCAGGAGAACAAAUACAAAGAAGCCAUAGGUUUUUAUGAGCCCAUAGUCAAGAAGCAUUAUGACAACAUCCUGCAUGUCAGUGCUAUUGUAUUGGCUAACCUCUGCGUUUCAUAUAUUAUGACAAGUCAGAAUGAAGAAGCUGAGGAGUUGAUGAGGAAGAUUGAAAAGGAGGAGGAGCAGCUCUCCUAUGAUGAACCGGAUAGGAAAAUCUACCACCUGUGCAUUGUGAAUUUGGUCAUAGGGACACUUUAUUGUGCCAAAGGGAACUAUGACUUUGGUAUUUCCCGGGUAAUCAAAAGCUUAGAACCUUAUAAUAAAAAACUGGGAACCGAUACCUGGUAUUAUGCCAAACGAUGCUUCCUGUCCUUACUGGAAAACAUGUCAAAACACACGAUCAUGCUGCGUGACAGCGUUAUUGAAGAAUGUAUCCAAUUUCUAGAACAUUGUGAAUUUUAUGGCAGGAAUAUACCUGCCAUUAUUGAACAACCCCUGGAAGAAGAAAGAAUACAUAUUGGGAAGAAUACAGUCACCUAUGAAUCCAGACAGUUAAGAGCCUUGAUUUAUGAGAUUAUAGGGUGGAAUUUAUAGUAAUGUCUGAUAAUGACUUUUAUAGUUGUUUUAGAUCUAGAUUUUGUAUCCUGUUUUAUCUGCAUUUAGCAUCUUUACAUUUGUUCCAUGUUGAACUUUUUGACACUUAAAAAUUAUAAAAAUAA